AUCUGUUGCCACCGCUACAAGGGCUUGUCGCUGGAGCCACGACUGUCAAUGAGCUUCCGUCGCCACUGCCGUUCAAGCCGCUGCUGCCGUCGAUUUGGAGUUGCUGCGAUUGGAGCCACUAGUGGGGGUGAGUUGCUACUUCCCUGUUGCCGUCCUAAUCAUAUUCAGCGUCCACUGCCCUGAGCUAUUUCUGCCCUUGAGUUCGUUGAGUUCGGAUUCCUUGUGCUACUGUAACUGUCAUUACUGCUGUGGGAACCAACGUUUCUGUUUGGCUGCUGUUGAAGGUCUUCCACCAUCACUGGAGCUGCCCAGAAUCAUCGUGGAAGCUGCCAAGAUAUAUGUCUGAUUUAGAGAUAUUUUGGAGCUAACUAAGGCUUUUAACAUGAAAGAGACUGAGGCAAAGGCAUAUAUAUAUUUAAAAUCCAGACUGAGGCAAAGGCAAAGGCUUUAUGAUUUUGCACUUACAGACUAUGUUUGUUCAAGCUUAGUAUUAUCUGUUUUGAAGCAUGAAAACGAAGCAUUAUCAAAUGCAGAAAAGCGAGCAUCUGAUGAGGUUCAUAGUUUAUCUGAAAGGGUGCAGCGCCUGCAGGCUAGCCUAGGUACCAUACAGAGUGCUAAGGAAGUUCGAGAGGAACAAGUAAAGCUGCAAAAUUCUUGAGAGCCAAUUGAAUUUCUCUUUUCAAAGUACCAGAAGAAACAGCAGAGCUACUUGGGAAAUCUGACCUGUAUUUCUUUAGCCCUGAGCAUCCUCCAUUGACCGAACCAGCUCAGAAAGCCCUUGACUGGGCCGGAUGAGAAAUUGAAGUCAGGUAUUAUGGUUUCUGCCUUUCAGUUCCAUGCCAAAAUUUGUUCAAUAAAUGAGUUAGACUCAUUGUCAGUUCAGAUUUUCCAUUUCGUGUUGUACUACUUUGCAAGUUACUGUUGCACGAAAUUAAAAUGAACUGAAAAGAAACUUUGAGUUGUCUUGUGCCCCAUCUGAAAAUGAUUUUA